AUGGCACAAAUCCAGUCCCUCUUUUUAGCCUUCACAAUUUUAAGCUUGAGUGGUCCAAUCAUACUAGCAGUACCAUCUGAUCCAAGAAGGUUGGUUGUUAAUCUCAUCCAUCAAGACACCAUUCACUCCCCUUUUCACGGUAAGAGUGAAGACUUAGCAACCCGUCUAGAACGCACCCUACAAAUUAGGAGAACAUUGCCAACCACUGAUAUCCAGGCUGACCUUGUUCCUAUCCAAAACCUCUUUUUCGUAAAUUUUUCUAUAGGCCAGCCACCUGUUCCUCAAUUAGCACUAAUGGACACUGGGAGCAGCCUUCUAUGGCUCCAAUGUCAACCUUGUCAUCGAUGCUCCUAUCAGAACAGUCCAAUAUAUGAUUCUAGGAGCUCCUCAACGUAUACUAUGUUGCCGUGCAGUUCCAAGUAUUGUACCUAUUCCCAACCUCUCAAUUGCACCUCGUCCAUUCCGUGUUUUUACAACCAGCAAUAUGUUAAAGGUGUUGGUUCAAUGGGAAACCUUGCCCAAGAGCAGCUUAGUUUUAGAACAUUUGAUGAUGGCUUGGUUGUCGUGCAUGAUGUCAUAUUUGGGUGCGGUUUCAGUAAUGGAGACCUCCAAGGGAAUAAGCAAAUGAACGGAGUGUUUGGACUUGGCUUCGAACCCGUAUCAUUGGCUACUCGACUAGCUAAGUUUUCAUAUUGUAUUGGCAAUGUUAUAGAUCCUAGCUAUAUUCAUAAUAAAUUGUUUCUGGGUGAUGGAGCUGGAGUCGAGGGAGAUUCAACUCCUUUGAAAGCAAUUGAUGGCCAGUAUCAUGUUCUUCUCGAAGGCAUUAGUGUUGGAGAGAAAAAACUUCCGAUAGAUCCUAAUGUGUUCGAAUGGAAAGGGGUGAACACCGGAGUGAUCAUUGACUCUGGUUCAGUUUCUACGUGGCUAGUUAAAGAAGCGUAUGAUGCAAUUGUUAAGGAAGUCAAAAGUCUACUAGAUCCUUGGUUGACUGAGACUUUUACGCAAAAAGAUCAUGUGUGUUACAGGGGAACAAUAAAUCAAGACCUCGAAGGAUUUCCAACAAUGACAUUUCUCUUUGUUGGAGGAGCUGAAUUGGUGCUGGACACGACAAGCCUGUUUUUUCAAAUCAAACCUGAUGAAUUUUGCCUGCUUGUGCGGCAAAUGAUUGACAGUGAUCAGUCUGUUAUUGGCUUGAUGGCACAACAAAAUUACAAUGUCGCUUAUGACAUUAAUGGAAAGAAAUUGUCUUUCCAAAGAAUAGAUUGUGAACUCCUAGCUGAUUGA